CUCAGCUUGUCGCGCUCGAGCCUCGACGCAGUGGAUCCUGGCGCCCCACCUGGAGCCGCCGCUGCCAUGAGGGGGAUCCAACCGACCCAGCGGGGCUGAAGGUGUGUUGUUGCUGGGAGGGAUGUCGCUCUGUCAAACGACCAAUGGAAAAAUGAGCGCGCGGAUCUCCGGGCAGAUUUGCCUCUCGCCAACCAAUCGGCUGCACGGAGUGGGACGCGGUGUCGGGGAGGUGCGGCAGAGCGUCUGACAGCGUCCGAGUCACGGACAACCGACACACGGAGCCUGCGUGGAGGGAAGCACGAUGCCGAACAAAGUCAAGAAAGAAAAGGAAACGAGCAAAUCCGCUAAAAGCGGCGUGAAGAACAGUGGAGGAGGAGGAGGAGGAGAGAGAGACGCUGCAGAAAACUCCGAGGAGUCGCAGCAGCAGAGCGGCAGCAAGCGAGCCAGUAACAGCACGCCCCCGCCGACGCAGCUCAACAAGAUCAAGUAUUCCGGAGGGCCCCAGCUGGUGAAGAAGGAACGGCGCCAGAGCUCGUCCCGCUUCAGUCUGACCCGCAACAGAGAGCUGCAGAAGCUCCCAGCUCUGAAAGAUGCGCCCGCUGUGGAGCGCGAGGAGCUGUUCGUGCAGAAGCUGCGUCAGUGCUGUGUCCUCUUCGACUUUGUGAGUGACCCACUCAGUGACCUCAAGUACAAGGAGGUGAAGCGAGCCGGACUUAAUGAGAUGGUGGAGUACAUAACGCACAACAAUGACGUGGUGACCGAGUCCAUCUACCCAGAGGCUGUGAUUAUGUUUUCAGUCAACUUGUUUCGGACUCUGCCUCCUUCCUCCAACCCGACGGGCGCAGAAUUUGACCCAGAAGAAGACGAGCCCACUCUGGAGGCAGCAUGGCCACACCUGCAGCUGGUCUACGAGUUCUUCCUGCGCUUUCUUGAGUCUCCUGACUUUCAGCCCAACGUGGCCAAGAAGUAUAUUGACCAGAAGUUUGUGCUUUCACUUCUGGAACUGUUUGACAGCGAAGACCCAAGAGAAAGGGACUUCCUCAAGACGAUCCUCCAUCGCAUCUAUGGGAAGUUUCUGGGUCUACGAGCUUAUAUCCGCCGCCAGAUCAACAACAUAUUCUACAGAUUCAUUUAUGAGACUGAGCAUCACAAUGGAAUUGCGGAGCUUUUGGAGAUCUUGGGGAGUAUCAUCAAUGGUUUUGCUCUGCCUCUGAAAGAAGAACACAAGAUGUUUCUCAUCCGGGUUUUACUGCCUCUCCACAAAGUCAAGAGUCUGAGCGUGUACCACCCGCAGCUGGCCUACUGUGUGGUGCAGUUCCUGGAGAAGGACAGCAGUCUGACAGAACCUGUGAUCAUGGGUCUGUUAAAGUUCUGGCCCAAGACGCACAGUCCCAAAGAGGUGAUGUUUUUGAAUGAGCUGGAGGAGAUCCUGGAUGUGAUCGAGCCGUCAGAAUUUGUCAAAGUCCAGGAGCCACUCUUCAGACAGCUGGCAAAGUGUGUGUCCAGUCCACACUUCCAGGUGGCCGAGCGGGCGCUCUACUACUGGAACAACGAGUACAUCAUGAGCCUGAUCAGUGACAACGCCGCCAGGAUCCUGCCCAUCAUGUUCCCAGCACUUUACAAGAACUCCAAGACACAUUGGAACAAGACGAUCCACGGCCUGAUCUACAACGCGCUGAAGCUUUUCAUGGAGAUGAACCAGAAGUUGUUUGACGACUGCACGCAGCAGUACAAGGCUGAGAAGCAAAAAGAGAAAUACAAAGUGAAGGAAAGAGAAGAGAUCUGGAACAAGAUCGAAGGCCUCGCUCGUUUGAACCCGCAGAUGAAUAAGCUCCGCCCAGGGCUGCACCACGUCGAUGAGCUGAUGGUCUACAGUGACGGCUCGGUGGCCCUUUACUCCAUGGAGACUGAGACCCCGACUGCAGAAGACAUUCAACUGUUGAAGAAGACUGUGGAGACUGAGGCUUCACAGGGACAGAAGGAUCUCAAGAAGGACAAGGUUCUGAUGAGGAGAAAGUCUGAGCUUCCUCAGGAUGUUUACACCAUUAAGGCUCUGGAGGCCCACAAGAGAGCGGAGGAGUAUCUGACAGCCAACCAGGAGGCGCUCUGACGUGGGGAGCCUGCCCCCCUCUGCUCCACCCACCCGGAGAGGCAGCCCAUGGUCCACACCUGGAUCAUUUAGAGCAGGAUCCAGCUGAUGCUGUGACAAUCAUUGGCGGCUGCCACUUGGCCCCCGAUCAAUAUCAAACCCACCACCGCUGACCACAACUGACUGGACCAGGACUCUGAUGUCUUCUUGUCCACGAAGAACGGCCAUGUAUAGCCCCACCCCUCUCCCAGACCACAGAUCUGUCCAACAGGGGCAUGGAGAAUGGUCACACUCCAGUGAGGAGCGAGUCUGCUGGUGGAAGUGGCUCUCACCUGCUGAGUGAAACCUUGACCACAGGUUGGGACUGAGGGCGCUCUCACACUGCAGGUUCUGUCUCGGGUGGCCACUGCGCCCCCUGCUGUGCAGCCUCAGGCCAUGUCCCUUUUUCCUCCUCAGCUGGUGGCGCUCUGCGCACAAUAGCUGCUUUGUGAGCCACGAUGAAGCAGGUGUCAAGGAAGUCGCCAUCAGCCACGCCACAACCUGUUUACCACCAUGGCCUUGACCUCCUUAUUUCUCUGUCCCUUCUUCACAUGAUGAGUCCUGGUCACCUCAGAACUGAACCGAUGACGGAGCUGAGCCACGGCUGGAACAGAAUGUGGCCUUUCACAGCCAAAACUAACCAUGAAAGAGUCUGGUCAUGUUGGUUUUACGAGGAAACGACAGCAGAAACAAGCUGCGUAAUGCGGCGCGUCUGGAUGGGUCCACGCUGCUCUCACGACACCUUGAGCACAGGGAGAGAGGUGACUGAGGAUGGAGAAGGUUUGAGGCAGUGACGUCCAGGUCCAGACGUCAGAAGUGAUCCAUGAAUGGUCUGGUGGUAACUCUUUCCUCCUCACUGUGCUCCUCAUGCAGUGACAGCUGCAGAUCACAGCAGUGAGAACAGUGAGUGGAGAGCGCAGCGUGAUGCACUGAAGCAACUCUGUCUGUCAGUAACAUCAGCUGUUGAGAAAACACCCGAGCUAUCAAACCCCCCAGAACCUUGACUGCCCGCCAUCUAUCAUGUCGGUGUGGAGUGGCGCUGGACACCUAGUUUCCAGCGUCUAGCGGCGAGUGGCCUGAGGCCAGAAGCUCACCCCCUGUGGAGAGUUUUCCCAGACGUAGGGAUCAGGUCCGCGUCCAAACCCAACUGUCUUGUGCUCGCAUCUGGCACCUCGGAGCUGAAAGAGCUUGGUCUGGAGGCAGAACCCGCAGUGUGAACUGACCCAGGCCAACGGCCCAGCAGCUUGAAGCAGAAGUGGGGCGCGGUCCGUGAAUCGUUCACGACCUUUGGUUCCUGAGCGCAUCAGCAUGAGUCUCUGAUGCUUGUCUUUGUUCUUGCUGUUUCCAUAACACCAAACACAGCGGAGGUACCCACUGGGCACCGCACCUUCACGUCCUUGAACAAUAAAGCCACCACGAACAACAAACUGCACCCACACCUCCUUGUUUACAUACCAACCUGCCCCCUAAAUCUGGCCUCGCCCUCUGCCAACAGUGGCCCUUGCAGUGAAGGAAUGGAUGGCUGCUGUGGGCGGGGCACAUGAGCAGGCCUUUGAAAUUCCCAACCAGCUGGUCAGUCUGUCCAACUGAGACGUUCAGAGGGGACGUGUGCUGCCACCGGGCCCUUUCAGCCUCUGGAGUCUGGCUCCCUGACGGAGCCAUCAAACGGUAGUGAGUCCAAAUGUUGUCAACAAAAGUGUCUGCUGGCUUGGUUGCCUCAUCAGGGACAAAGUACUGACGGUGCACAGUUGGCCAUGAGGCGAGUGAUACCCAGAAUGCACCUGGGCUCAUGUCAGCCAUCCACUGUGCAAAUUGGAACGCAACGGAGUGAACUGAGUGAAACAUGGUGGGAUGCGGUGUCCGUGCUGUGGUUACAGGUUCUGUCUUGUUAGGUAUUGAGGUCUAUACCACGUGACGUCCGUCAGCUGCAGCUCCUCGUAUCAUUGCUGUGUGGAUCAGGAAGUGGAGGAGGAGUCCGGGUGUCUGGUCCACAGGCCAGCUCUCCCUGAAGUCCUGGUCCUGUUACCUGUGAUCCCAUCUUUCCAACGCUCAACAAUAUGGUGACCCAGACGACCCCUGGAACCUUUUAAUGACCAGUUUACAGAAAUGACACCACACUGACACUCACUUUUGUACAGACUAAAUAAAAGUUUCAUCCAAAAGUCCACACUGUAUUAUGAUGCAGUAAACAAGCAAGCAGUCCCCUGGGACACACGUGACGUUUGGAAUGCUUCUCUUCACUGUCCAAGUCUCCGGCCACAUGCGAGCCGCUCCGACAGGUCAGUGUUCAGCACCAGCCAGGCAUCACUGUUACCAAGCGCAGAAGGGGAACAUCAGGUA